AGGCCCCACCGCCUCUCCUUCCUCACUUGGGCUGGAUGCCGUUGGACACUGGCAAAGUUUGAGCAAGCAAAGACCUUCUCCCACACACACAUACAUUGAAGACGACCUGGUGCAUCGAUGGUGGUGGAAGAGAUUGUGGUUACCCUUUCCGGGGGCUCCCCGUGGGGGUUCAGGCUCCAGGGAGGAAGGGAGCAGCAGAAGCCUCUACAGGUGGCAAAGGUACGGCGUCGCAGCAAAGCAUGCAGGGCAGGGCUGAAAGAGCACGACGAGCUGGUUGCCAUCGGCGACCACUCAUGCGCCGAGCUUAGCCACGCCCAAGCCAUGGUCCUCAUUGAUUCCCAGAAUGCCACGCUGCACCUGAGGGUCAACCGGCCACCGCCGUACCCUGCUCGUUGCUCACCUCCGCUUCUCUCCGUGAGCUCCUCCGUCGCACCCGGCGGCGUCACCUCGCCGCCGGGGAGCGAGGCCUACUACGGUGAGACGGACAGCGAUGCUGACACGCGCUCGCAGGCGCAGCGCCGCCAGCGCCGCACGCCUCCUCACGCCCGCUCACCUGCUCGCUACGACAACCACGGGCGGGAAGAGGAGGAGACGUCUGAGAUGAGUGGCUACGAGAGUGCUAAUGACGCAGCAGUAGGACCAAUGCAUGGCCAGUGGCACGGCGUGCCGCACAAGGACUUCAUCUAUCAACCCCCACAACUGGGGUGGACCACCCCAACCAGCAGCGUCACUCCGCAUUCACUCACCCCAACCCCGGAACAGACCUUGGCGGAGGCCGAGGGCGAAGGAGACAGCGGCUUCCAGGAUGCGGGGGCCUGUGUGGGACUCGCUGCCUGCCCACCAUUGGUAUCUCCCGAGCGGGCCAAAGAGGCCCUGAUGCUGGGGUCCGGGAGUCAGCUGGUGCCCAUGGUGGGACUCCAGCAGGGCCCCGUGAGUGAGGAGCUCACCACUACCUACGUGGAGAAAGCACGGCAAGCCAAGUUGCAGCGCGGGGAGAGUUUGGUGGAGAAGCAGGUGAAAGAAGCCCGCACCAAAUGCCGCUCCAUCGCUUCGCUGCUGACCGAUGCUCCCAACCCAAACUCCAAGGGGGUGCUUAUGUUCAAGAAACGGCGGCAGAGAGCCAAGAAGUACACGCUGACCUGCUUCGGCAAGGCUGAGGACGGGGGAGAGAGCGCCGAGGGAGAGACGGAGGAGGAAGGCGGGAGCUCCAUCCAGAGCUCCGAAGUGGACGAGGAGGGUUUCUCAGCCUCGUUUGACCCCACGUGGGACAGCGGUUACUUAGACCUGCUGGACAGGAGGAGCGCCGCCUGCCCGCCCGCCACGCCGACAGCUGGCAACGGUCACCCCGGGUCUGAUCAUUUGACCUUCGAGGCACCCGUCAAUCAAAUUCCAAGCUUGGAGAUGUUCGGGCCGGAGGCCGUGAAGCAAGCGGACGCCGCUGUGCCUUCAGCUCCGGAUGUGCCUCUUGUCAAUGGGGGUCCCGUCGCCAUAAGCCGGGCCAGUGUGAAAUUAAGCCCACCCCCUUUGACUUUGACGCCACCUCUUGAUCAAAACCCACAUGCCAAUCCCAGUCCCAGUCCAAACCCUGACCGACAUUUAAAUUCCGCUGCUCUCAAUCGCUCGGCUCGGCCCUUCGCUCCGGGCGCCGCGACGCCCCGCCCGUCGGUGACCUCCGUGAUGUUCCGCCCUCCACAGCCCAAAGCGGCCGUCUCCACGGUGACCAUCGCGCCUGCUCAAUAUCCGGCAGUGGAUGGGAGGAGAGCGGUUUCCAGCACCUCGCUCUACAUCCCGCCUCGCAACAACGGCGCCGCCCCCUCGGCCGGCCCCUCGGCUCUUUCGCCCCCUUCGUCUUUGCGCCCCUUCUCCCCUCCUUGCUUUCAUCCGCCUCCUUCUCCCACCUCCCAGGUCCAAGUCUCCACGGUUCCUCCCACUCAGCUUUCCCCCGCUGCCCAUCCCUACGCCCCCGAUGCCACGACUCCCGCGCCCCCCCCUCAAACCUCGGAUUCACUGGCUACUCGCGAGCAGCGCAUCUCCGUGCCAGCUGCCCGCACCGGCAUCCUGCAUGACGCCCGCGCUCGCAGCAACAAAAAGCCCAUGUUCAGCGCCAUCCGGAGCAAAGACGUGUCUCCCAACCCCGCCUUAAUGUCCAUGGUGCAAAACAUGGAUGACCGCUUUGUGAAAACAGCGGGGGCGGAGUCAGGCGUCGGAACGGGCGGGGAGGCCGGCCACGAGUCGGGCCCCGAGGAGGACUGGAUGCGGCUGGGGGCCGAGGCUUGCAACUUCAUGCAGGCGGCUCAGCGGGGAAGUGGGCCGCCGCCCGUGGCCCCGAAACCGCACACCCCUCAGGCACCUCAGCUGGGGGGGAAAGGGGGUCAGUUGUUCGCCCGCCGACAGAACCGGAUGGAUCGCUAUGUUGUUGAGCGGAGUCCCUCUGUCGCACCGGCACCGUUCUCUCCUUCCCAAACCAGGGAGCCUUCACCAACGCCGUCCCUCCCGGCCACCUGGAAGUACUCCUCCAACAUCCGUGCCCCUCCUCCCAUCAAUUACAAUCCUCUCCUGUCACCCUCGUGCCCCCCCAAAGCACAAAAGAAGGCGGAGGUGACAAAGUCGGCAGGGGCAGGAUCCAAAGGGAAGAAAGGUCCCAAAAAGCAGGCGGAUGUCACGAACCACCAGCCCUACCAGCUCAACUCGUCUCUGUUCACCUACGGGGGGCCGCGGGACUCGUCCGCCGGUCAGGGGCAGCGAGGCGGUCCUCAAAAGACGGCACGAGUGUACGAGGUAAAACGCUUUUCCACACCCCCGCCAAACGCCACCAGUCCUGCCCUGAAGGUGAUCGUCCCUCGAUCAGCCACGACUCUCGGAGACCCACUGUGGCAUUCCCACGCCGCCUCCCCGCCACCCCAAAGCGCCCGGCACCCUCAAACGCCUCCUACCCUGUACCAAUCUCAGUGGUCCCCGGGACCGCUGUCUCCUCCGCCCCCCCCCGCGCCCAAAGCUCCGCUCCCUCAGCUUCCCACCUUCGCAUCGCCUUCAAAUGCAGUCCACCCCCCCACGUUUUCCCAUCCCAGGCCUCAAGAAGCUGACAGGCAGUUUAAAAGCGCCCCAGAUCUGAGCCCUCUUGGACCCCCUGGCGGCCCCCGGCAGGCGUCCACCGGCAGCCAGUACAGCAGGGUUCCUCGACCCAGAUUCAGCACCUCCAACCUGGGCCUGCAGCCUUGUGUGUGGCGACCCGGCUCCACCGCGCACUGAGCUUGAACAUUCUCGCCUGCACUGAACGUAAAGCAUUCGAUUUUAAAAGGAAGUUCACGUGUUUUGAGUUCGGUAACAUUCUUUUUCACGUCCGCGGACACGUGUUUUAUCUCGAGAGCGGUUUGGAUGGGCAACGCGAGCAAAAAUGAUCCACUUUUUUUUUUGUAAGGGAGGCGGUUGGGGGAGUGCUUUGAUGUGGCCAUUUUGACACAGUUUGGGAAAAUUUAAAGGCAACGCGGUGGUGGAACAAAUGUACCAGAGAGAGAUUAAAGGAUUAGCUACUUCGAAAGGCAGCGGAAUGAUGUUGAAUUAAGUGCGGAGGAUGUGGAAAGAGACAGAUUUUAGUUGUUGAUUAGAAGGUUGAACGAAAUACGAGAAGAUCCAAUGAAUUUCGUGUUGUCGGAGCGUUCAAAGUAGAAGUGCCAAGUCCAAGCUCGCUUGUAAUUAUCUAACAAUAUAUUGUGUUGUUUUUUUUUUGGUUUUUGUUUUCUUUCUAAUAUUAUGAAAUAUUGAGGUGAAGGCUUUCAGAGGUGGCGAACUUGAGUCUUCCCUGAACUAUAACCCCUCAACCCAACCAAGUAUUUACCUUCAUAAUGCCGUCGUGAGUCCAACUUUGUUCCAAAGUUUCAAGACGCUUUGUCGAUCGGGGCAAGUCCGGGGGAAAAUUGAGACCCAAGUCUCGUCUGGUCUAAACAGGUCCGGCGGCUGAAGAACCUGCAACACGCAAAAUAUCAUGGGGGAAUGAAAUAUAAUUUCAUCUUGUGAAUUAUUUUCAUCUCUACCACACGGGGGCAGUGUGAGACCAUUGAGACACUUGAAGCUCACUAGUUCUGCCCGGACACAAGCCCGCUUGUGACCUUUGGUGAAGAACCUCGCACCCGCUGUUUAUUAGGGCCCGAGCUCAGAGGAGAGAAAAUAUUCUCAUCUGGGACCAUACGUCCCUCGUAACGGGAUUCAUGAAAAUCAAAGCGAGAACCCAAAGUUGCGAAUGGAGGCUGUGAACAGUUGUGAACGCAGCGAAUUGCUCUGAUUCAGCAACACACACUCAAAUUUUGACCGUAAGUGGAUGUAUGAAGAAGGCUUCAACCUGAGGAGAGUCAGACAUCACGUUCCACAAUUUGUCACUUCAGCCUCAAACGACUUUUUAAGCGCUAGGCUCCUUUUAAUUCACGGCUCGCUGUCCUGCGCACAAUCGCUGGUUUCACCUAUUUUUGGAGCCGUUAAUCUGCGGCUAUUUGGCACGGUGUUAAACUCUUAAUUCCGAUGUUUUUUUUUGGUUUUUUUUUUUCACGGCGUGAUUGAGAGCAGAGGCGUUGGGCGGGGGAAGGUGGGGGGUGUCAUCCUGCCCCUUCGCAUGACGAUCAAAAAGCAACCUGUCCUCACGCACCCGUUUUCAGUUUGGUGUCGUCGAUUCAUUCAUGCUCUCAAAGAUGAAAAUAAACAUUCAAGCGGU